GGGCGCGUGACACGGAGCGGGGAUUCCGAACGGCGGAGCGGAAGGGAUCGGUCGGCAGCGAUGCCCAGGAUCACGCUGAGGGGCGUGACGGUGGAUUUCCCUUUCCAGCCCUACGAGUGCCAGGAGACGUACAUGGCCAAAGUGCUCGAGUGUCUGCAGACGAAAGUAAACGGCAUUCUAGAGAGCCCUACAGGAACAGGGAAGACCCUAUGCCUGCUCUGUUCCACUCUGGCCUGGAGGGAACAUUUCAAAGAUACCAUCUCAGCCCGCAAAAUUGCACAGCGUAUGAAUGGAGUCGAACUCUUCCCUGACAGACCCAUGUCUUCCUGGGGCAAUGCUGCCACGGAUGGUGACAUCCCAACGUAUUACACAGACAUUCCUAAAAUAAUUUAUGCAUCCAGAACUCACUCUCAGCUUACGCAGGUCAUUAACGAAUUAAAGAACACAGUCUACAGGCCAAAGAUAUGUGUUUUGGGUUCCAGAGAGCAGCUUUGCAUCAAUCCUGAAGUGAAACGACAGGAGAGUAACCACAUGCAGAUCUAUAUGUGCCGAAAGAAAGUGAUGGCUCGUGCUUGUCACUUCUAUAACAAUGUGGAAGAGAAGUCUACAGAGAAAGGACUGAUGGAUUCAAUCAUGGAUAUUGAAGAUUUGGUUAAAAAUGGAAGCAAGCACAGAGCUUGUCCUUAUUAUCUGUCUCGAAGCCUGAAGCAGCAGGCAGAUAUUAUUUUUAUGCCUUACAACUAUUUAUUGGAUGCAAAGAGCCGACGAGCUCACAACAUAGAGCUGAAGGGGACUGUGAUAAUACUUGAUGAAGCUCACAAUGUGGAAAGACUGUGUGAAGAGUCAUCUUCUUUUGACCUGACAGCCUACGAUUUGGCUUCAGCAAUUGAUGUUAUAAAUGUAGUACUGGAAGAACAAGCCAAAGUAGUUCAACAGAAUGAAGUAAAUGCUGAAUUCAAUAUGGAGAGCAUCAGUUCAGGGCUGAACAUGGAACUUGAAGAUAUAGCGAAGAUAAAGAAAAUUCUUCUUGAGCUAGAAAGUGCAAUUGAUGCAGUGGAGCUGCCACCAAAUGACGGUGGAGUCACCAAAGAUGGAAGCUACAUCUUUGAACUGUUUGCAAAGGCCCAAAUAACGUUUCAAACCAAAGCCUCACUCCUGGAGUCACUAGAGCAGAUUUUACAGUUUCUUUCAGGCCGCACUGGGAUAUUUAUCAAUACCUCAGGAUUGCAUAAACUCUCAGAUAUUAUCCAGACUGUAUUCAACAUUGAUCCUCCAGAAGACACAACAGGUUUUGUGCCACCUCAGUCGAUAUCCAGGUAUUAUAAGGUACACAUUCAUCUGGAUAACGGUAAUCAGAAGAAGAAGAAGGAGAGGACAGAUCUCUGGGAUUCAUCAGCUGUGAAAAAACAAGGAAAGACCUUAAGCUAUUGGUGUUUCAGCCCUGGAUAUAGCAUGCACGAGCUUGUUCGACAGGGAGUCAGGACAAUUAUCCUUACUAGUGGGACUCUCUCUCCUCUCUCAUCAUUUACAAUGGAAAUGCAGAUCCCUUUUCCUGUUCUCUUGGAGAAUCCUCAUGUUAUUGAUAAACGCCAGCUCUGGGUUGGAAUCAUUCCCAAAGGACCUGAUGGAGCUGUGCUCAAUUCUACUUAUGAGAGAAGGUUUUCAGAGGACUAUUUAUCUUCUCUGGGGAAAACCAUUGGCAAUCUUGUGCGCGUUGUACCUCACGGACUGCUGGUGUUUUUCCCAUCAUAUCCUGUCAUGGAUAAAAGCCUGGAAUACUGGAGAGAGCAUGAUUUUGCUAAAAGAAUAGAAGAAGUGAAGCCAAUGUUUGUGGAACCCAGGAAUAAAGGAAGCUUUGCAGAGGUAAUAGAUGCAUACUAUGGUAAAAUUGCCUGUCCCAAGUCCAACGGUGCUGCUUUUUUGGCAGUGUGUCGAGGGAAGGCCAGCGAAGGCUUGGACUUUGCAGACAUGAAUGGACGAGGAGUCAUCAUUACUGGCCUUCCAUUUCCUCCUCGUUGGGAGCCCAGAGUUGUUUUGAAGAUGCAGUUCCUGAAUGAGAUGAAAAAAAGUAGUAUGGGUGCUCAGUAUUUAUCUGGGCAUCAGUGGUACAAUCAGCAAGCUUCCCGAGCUGUUAACCAGGCUAUUGGCAGGGUCAUCAGGCAUCGCCAGGACUAUGGUGCUAUCUUCCUCUGUGAUGACAGAUUCACAACUGAUAAUGUCAGAGGCAAGCUGCCUUCGUGGGUCCGCCCUUACGUGAACGUUUAUGACAACUUUGGGCAUGCAGUCAGAAGUGUCUCAGUCUUCUUCCGUGUUGCUCAAGAAAUUAUGCCCCUGCCUGCUGCACAGUGCCCUUCUGGCUCUGCUGUUACCCUGAGUGAAAAUGAUGUGGAACCUUCUACUUCAUCUGAGCAGAUCCUCUCCCUGCAGAAAGCCAAAAUUUUGGAUGACCAUGUUCCCAGUUUGAAGAGGAAAAGGAUAGCAAUGCCAGUAAAUGGAGGUGGAGCAUCCAGCCUCUGCACAGAAUAUGAGCAAGAGAUGAUCUCACCUAGAAGACAAUGUGUUGGGCUUCUGGAUGCGUUGGAGCGCAGUGAGAAGAACAGCAAAGAGGUGGAGGAAGAUGAUGGUUUGCCAGGGGAGGAAAAGGCACAACGUCUGUCAACGCUUUCCCUUCAGUAUGAGAAGAGGUUAACAGAUGAGCAGAAAGGAGGAAGGAAGAAAAUAAAGCUGGUCAGCAAUCCACUGGCCAACAAGGCAGCAGACCCAACGGAGCCAAAGAAAGCCCGAGCGACCUUAUACAUUGCAACAGUGAAGAAGACCCUAAGCCAGCAAAACUACAAUCUCUUCUCUGAGGCUCUUCAGCGCUACAGGAGCACGGCUGACUUCAACACUAUGUUGUCUCAAAUGAGUUCCCUUUUUACAGAGGAUGAGGAAAAGCAUGUCUUGUUGCGAGAAUUUUACCAGUUUGUUCGACCUCACCAUAAGAAACAGUUUGAUGAAGCAUGUUGCAAUCUGACUGGGGUGGGCUGUGGGUACAAACCUGAGCACAGCCUCCUGCUGGAAGAGAGAGAAGGACUGGCAAAGAAAAUAGAAGAAAAAGAGAGUCGGCAGAAAACAACCUUCUCAGAGAACUCAUGCACUCAGCUGAAUGCUGGGCUGCACUUGAACCAGGGAGGAUUUCACUUGACAACAGGACAGACCAGUGCAGGGGAUAACACCAGUCAAGCUGUGAGUAAAGACACGAAAAAUGCUUCAGGCUCAAGGAGAGAUCAGCACCAGGUCCUCAGGGUGACCUACCUCAACGAUGUGAAAAAGGCUUUGAAGGAAAGCGCCUACAGCCGCUUCCACGAGGCGCUGCUGGCUUACAAGAGGACGGAUGACUACGAUGCUAUGAUUCCAGUGGUGGCAGCCCUCACCACUGAGAGGCCAGAAGACUUUCAUCUCCUGCAAAGGUUUACCAUGUUUGUGCGGCCGCAUCACAAGGAGCAGUUCAGGCAGGUGUGUAAAGAUCUGACUGGAACAGUUGGUGGUGAUGAACAGAAACAGCAGAUGCAGAAUGAAAAAAGUGCUGCAACUCUGGAGAGGUGGUUGACUAAAAGAGCAAACUGCCCUAACCAAGAUGGAGAUGUUCCUAAGAGUGAGGUUCCAGAAAGAAAUGGGGGAGAGACUUCUUCCUCGUGCCUCAGCCAGAAAUGCAAACUUGAAUUACCAAAGGCUGAAGUAUCUAAAGAAAUGAGUCACGUGAGAGCACCCACAGCUCCUGGAGUUGUGCCCAGCUUACCACUGGAGUUGGAUCCAGAGUUUGGAGAACCACGUGAACAGCCCUGGAAAUCAAAUUCUUCUGUUGACAGAGAGAAAAUCCAACACUCAUUUUAAGUUUAUCACUUGAACGUUUCCUCUGCUAUCUUUAUUUUCCAUGUUCUGGAGUGUGACUGAAGGCAGAACUCUUCUCAGCUUCCUUCAAAUGCUUUCCUCUCUAACAAGAGGGAAUUAUUUCAACCCAAAAGAGGGGAGAUUUAGAUCGCGUAAAAGGAAAAAGUUCUUUACGGUAAGAGCAGGGAAGCAGUAGCACAGGCUGCCCAGAGAUGAGGUGGGUGCCCCAUCCCUGCAGGCACUCAGGUCAGGCUGGGAGGCUGUGGGCACUGAUGGAGCCGUGGGUGCCCCUGCUCACUGCAGAGGGUUGGAUCAGAUGGCCUUUAAGGGUCCCCUCCAACCCAAGUCGUUCUAUGGUAAUAAAGAGUGAAUCCAAGAAUUACUAGCAUGCAUUUAUAAUCUGUACUGUAAUUUAUAAGCUGUCUGUUGAAUAGAAUGAGACCCCUGGGGAGCUUGUUGGUUAGGCAGGCAUUUUAUGACCCCAUUCUUAGAAAUAAGGGAGAUUGUUGCAUUGCCUCAGCCCAUAAAAAUCUUGUACACGCCUGGGGAAGAACUCGUUCCUUUUGCCAGUAAGACAUAGCUUGCAAUUAUGGUUAUGUCAGCUUAGGAAUUGGCCCAACUGUGAAGAGCUGUGGUAUAUUAAGCAAUUAGUACCAUUGUGCUGUGGUAUUCAUCUUGGGGAAUUUGGUGAUUCUGAGGUCUGGUUUUCUUGUCAGUCCUCAUAUUGACGUGCAUUUUGAUAGCUCAUAGGUAAAUCCCAGAACUUGCUCAGCUUCAGCUUUCUUUAAUCACCCUUUAGUAAUUGCACACCUUUGGGGCUGGAAAUUAACGUGAGUAAACCAUAGGAGUACGAUAGCAGACGUACUGAGUCAGAGUAAAGGUGCAUCCAAUCCAGCAUCCUGUCUCUGCCAACAGCCAAAAAAUUAUGGCUGGAGGAGAAUAUGUGAAUGUGGCACUUUCCUGUGAAUAUUCUCACAAACCUGAAACCAUUUGCAGGACAGGAAUUCCUGUGACCUUUUGUCAUUCGUGUCCUAUAGCAGGCGCUUCCACAACUUGGUCGCAUGUUACGUGAAGAACUGUCUCCUUUCUUUGCUGUCAUUUUGACCUGUUUCUUGUUAGUUCAUUUCAAUGUCCUGCUUGUUUGAAAGGGACAAACACAAAGUCCUCAAAACUCACCGUGGACAUCCUGUCCUUCAGAAGUGCACCUUUGGAGCUUUGGUCUUUCUGCAUGCAUCAAUAGUUGGAUCCAUCUGUCUCCUCUGUAGACAACUUAAAUCAAAAUCUGUAUUGCUAAGGAUCUCUUUUUUGCUCUCAACAACAAGCUGUUAUGUAGAGGAUGUAAGAAGCAUCUUCUCAUUAGCUGCCUGUUUGUUCUGUAGUCAAGCACCCCUCAAAGUUCAGUGUGAGCGUUGUUCUUUGCCCUUCGUAUAGAGCAUGAAGCUCUUGUCACUUUCUUGUCACUGACAGCAUGAAGCUCUUGUCACUUUCUCACUUGUGACAGAUCUUUCUACUGAUGAAUGGCUCUCAGAAUCAGCAAUGCUAUUGACAAGGCAGAUAUUCAGCUGUUUGGGGUAUUGCUUUAGGACUGCAGGAAGACUUCUCCAGGUGAUGGGACAGAAGCGUGUUUCCUGCUCUUCAUAUAGAACUGAGGGAAAGAUGUCUUGCUGGAGAGCACAGGUUUGCAAACAAGCUGUCUGCAAAUAUCCCACGUUCCUCUAUAACCAACCUCAGAGGAACCACCAGCUGAUGCUUCCCCCCCAAUGCAGUCCCUGCUCUGGUUCAUGCUGUGGGCAUUUCCCCCCACUGAUGGCAGUAGCUGUUGUCUGAGCUCUCAUCAGAUGGCGUCAGGGGUUUGUUGCUACUGAUGAGGUUGGAUUUGAAGACUCAUCUAGGCCAAGUUACUCACACUGUAUUUCUUCAGUUCAAAUUCAGCUCGGUGUAUGCUGUCCUACUUGAGGAAGUGACUAACAGCCUUGUUAAAGACUCAAUGACUUCAGGUUUGCAAAUUGUGUCCCUUCCAAUUUCUUGCGUCGCUGAAACAGCUUCGUUCUGCAGAGAGUCUGAAUAAUAUUGGAAUGUUUCUGAAACUUUUGGAAGAGCAGUCAGAAUUCCCUGCAGCUGUGUGAUAUUAGAGAGAUCAGUGCUGGGUGAGGUGAGGGCUGCCCACGUGUGGGAAGGCAUUGCAUGGAGCACAUUAUGUAUGCUGCCUUUGGUUGUAGUUUUCUGUGCAGAGGUCCAUUGCUCUUUUCAGCUUUUAAAUACCUUGUUCCUUCGUGCUCUUCUUGUAGGCAUUCCAGAGAAACUGGAAGUUGUUCUCUGUGCUAUUUAGAUGUACUGUAGGGGAAUUAAAGUUUCACAAUUAUAUGUUACACUUAAAAUUUGGGGAGUUACUUGACAAAGCAGUGUGUACAGGGAGGUAAAAUGAGUUUCUUCUCUCCCUCCAUUUGGAGUAUUUUGUUUUCUAGCAUUGAAAUAAACUGCCCUAACCUACUUUAUAGUCCAUGCUUUGUGUUACAACAGUAACAUACAAGGGAAGGUCAUAGGCAGGGUUUCCUGAACGUAAGUCGAGAAGCAUCCUGAAACCUGGGUUGAGAAACAAGUGCAUCACGUGCCACCUUCUGCUGGAUACCUGGGAAGGUGUGUGGUGGGAUGAAGAAAUGAAUGUGCUCUGUACCUCUGGAGGAAUCCUGGUCCUGGCCACGUGUGCCACUGAUUUCCUGCUGUGCCCACUUCCUUCUCAUCUGUGCCUGAGGAAGUUCACAGAACUCCUUGGUGACCUUACAGCACUUUGCCAACCAGCACUUCUGUACUUCACAGCAGCUCUUGCAAGUUCUUGAAUCGUGUUCUGUUUCCUCGUUCCUUCCUCUUCUAGGUGUGCCAUAGCUGUAAGUGUGAGACAACUGCUCUGAAACUUGUUGCUACUUCACCAAGCAGCCUUUUUGCUUUCCUCUGUGCAUUGCUAGCAGUUAAAGCAGUGGUUGCAUGCCAGCUCCACAUCUAAAAACAGUAGGCAAGGUAUCUUAAGAGCAAUGAAAUGAAAGCGUUGGUUAUAUUUCAUAUCAGACCAUUGCAAACUUGGAAGAGAAAGUUUAUAUGUAAUCAAUAUGUUUUCU